UUAUAUUAAAUAGAAGUUGCAGAUGAGGAACAUUUUUAAACAAUGGGGAGCUUCGAUGAUGGAGUUUUUACUAUCAUAAGAGAAAAGUUGGUAGUACUGACCUUGGCCGUAAGAAGCUGCUGCUGGCAGUAGUAGCGGAACGACGAAGGACAGGAGAAGGCAUGAGGACAU